AUGGUGAUUAGAGUAUGACAGAGAACAACAAAAGAAUUUUUUUUAGAUAAUAUUUCAAUAUCAGAGAAACAGUUAGUUCUCCUCUUCCAACAAUCUUGUAGCCAGAGACUGUUGUUCAUGAAUUGCAAAAUCCCAGAGAUAAACUUAAAAUACAGGAUCAAAGGCUCUUUACAACUGCAUGCUAUCCAUUUCUUGUACUGUAACAUGUGGGAGGAAAUAGAUAACUGGAGCUCCAGAACCAUUCCAAACAUACUCAAAUUCCUCUUUGAACCUCCCCUCUUUCCUUGCCUUAAAGAGAUCUGAGUAGAUGACUAUGACUCCCUCCAAUACGCUUAUCAGUACAAAAGCACUCAUUCGCUAGACAAUGUAGAAUUUAUCGAUUGAGAUGGUGCCAUGAAACAAUAUAAUAAGCAGAACCAGCCCGAAGCUUAAUCCAGUACAAGUCCUUGGCAUAACUCUUAAUUCACAAAGCCAUAGGUUACCUGCACAAUCAUAGGCUUUGGGUUUGAAUAGAGUUUUAAGUAGG